AUGCAUUUUAUGUUAAAGAGAUUUCUGAGUGCAUCGAACGUGGCUGUCAGCUGGAGAUCCGAUAUAAUACGUGCAGUCAACUUUAAACGGUCUUUCAGAAGUGUACCCGAUGACCCUAAAUAUGUGUUCUCGAAACCGCCAACCUCAUCCAAGUUUCCAGAUGAUCCUCAAAACAAGGAUGGCAAACAUUUCUUUACACCGCCAAACUCCGCUAAUGUGAAAGCAGAUGCUUUCAGUGAUGAAGUUACAUCGAUAGGUCAAGCAAUAGCUUCCCAGCGACGUAAAAAAAGAAGGCAACUCAUUUCCUUAAUAUUAUUCGGAACUAUAGGAGGCAUAUUAGGAUAUAGUGUAUGCUACAAAGCUAUAUAUCUGAGAGAACAAAGUUUCAUACCUUUGUUCCCUUCGUCGAGAAUUCGAAAGUUGAGCAAUAAGGACAAAAGAAGGAUCGCUAUUAAGCAAGUAGAAGAUGUCGCAAGGUUGAGAGUUUUAGAACAGCUUUCCCAGCAUCCCAUGAUAAAAGAUGAGUAUAGUGUUCCACUGCUGGACUCCAAUACGCAGGAGACACCCAAGGUGCACAACUUUGAAAUGUGGUGUGAAGAUCAAGAUCCUUGCGUUACGGGAAUUGUAGUUGAACCAAACGACAGUAGAGCUUCGUCUCAUGAAUGGUAUAAAGUCCCCUUUUUAUUUAAAUGGCGAAUAACACAUCGUCCUAUCAGUAUAUCCAGAACCGUGACUGAUUUCUUGAAUGGAAUCGGACUGUCCUCUACGGAUAUUUUCCAAAUCAUUGCACCGGAAAAUGUUUAUGGCUCUUUUAAGUACGAGUUCCCAAUCCAGGGAGAUGACCACUCAAUGCAUAUAUGGUUUCUUGGAGAAAUGGACUUAGGCAAUGAAUCCCUUGUAGUAUUCAAAGGUAAAUUUCAUGUUGAUGCUAAAUUACAGCAAAUAGACUUGCUGCGAAAAGAAAAUAAUAAAUUAAUCCGUUAUAUUCUAUAUAAAGAUGAUCGAAAAUAA